AUGGGAGCUAACAGCUCAAAAUAAAAUUUCGAAUUAUUAAAUGAAUACAAUUUUCUCAAUGUUGCUCAAGAUGAUGGAUAUGGAGAAAUUCAAUUAUAUAGUAAUAAAAUAAAACAAACUGAUAAAAUGGCAGUAAUAAAAUUUUAUGAUCAAUCAGAUAUGGAAAAGAAAUCUAACAUAAUUUAGAUGAGGUAAAUAAUUAUUUUAUUUAGAAAAUAAUAAAACAAUCAAUAUUUUACAAAAAUAUUAGAUUAUUAGAUUCAAACAACUGAGGAUUUAUGUAGCAAUAUAAAUUUUUUACAUGUUGGAUUAGAAUUUUUAGAAAAAAGUCUUCAAGAUGAUAUUUUAAAUCGAAGAGCUGAUGAUAAAACGUAUUAAAUAAUAAUAUAAUCAUCAUAGUUAUAAUGAAGGGGAACUUUGGUAUUUAACAUAAACAAUACUUUCUGGAUUGAAAGAUCUUUAGAUGAAUAAUCUUUAAUAUUAAGAUUUACAUCCAAACAAUAUCAGAAUCAAAUUAAAUGGUGAAGUUAAACUAUUAGAAUUGUGUUGCUUAGCUAAUUAAUAAAGUGCUUAUUAAAAAGUCUUUACAUAAAUUAGGGAGGUGGAAUAUCUUUCCCCUGAAUAAUUAUACGUAUUAGAAAAUGAGCGUUAAAAUGUAAAUAUUAUUCUCUAGAAUAUAAGGAUAAAUAAGAAUAUUCAAUAGAAAAAUAAAACAUAUUUAUACUUGGUGUUAUUUUUUUGGUUUGCAUAACGAAUAUGGAUGUAAAAAGAUUUUAUACUAAUUUUACUUUUAAUUAAGAAUUAGCUAAUUAAAAAUUGAAUAGUGCUUUUGAAAAGUACAAUUAUUCUGAUCCAAUGAAACAUUUAUUAAAAGAUUUAUUACAAUUUAACACAUAUCAUAGACCCACAUAUUUAGAAAUCUUAGAAAAGAUUUCUCAUGUAGAUUCUAGUAGAAUAUCUCCAAAUCUAUAUGCAUUGAACCUGUAAGAUUAAGCUAUUAAAUCAACUAUGCAUUUAAAGAGUCAAUCUAAUUUCACAUAAGAAUAAAUUAUUGAAAGUUAACCUUAAUCUCUUUAUGAACAACAUAAUCUUAUAAAUGAUUCUUUUAAUAGAUAAAUUACGUCUAAUUUUUAAACUAAUUUAGAUUCUGUACCUGUAGUUGAUACAACUAAAUUAAAUAAUAAUGAUUUUGAAAUUAUUCCUUAAUCAAAAUAUGAAUUAAAUAAUUAACCAACUCCUCUAACUACCUAAGCAGGUUUGGAUAAAAUAAGAUAAUUAAAAGAAAAAUUUUAAGUAAUGAAAGGAGAAGUUUAAUAGAAAUAAGCAGCAACAGUUCCAACUACAUAUACUCAUUAAGAUGAAAGUGAUACAUAUAGACUUGCAAAUUAAAAUGCUGUUCAAAAUCCAUACUAACCAAAUUUCUUGGAUAUGGAUCCUAUUAUCUAAAGAGCACUUCAAAAAAGUAGAGAAGUCAUGUCAAAAUGCAAUCCUUAUUAAAAUACAGAUCCUUAUGUUCCUAUUUUACCAUCUUCAAAUGCCUCUUAUCUUCCUUAAACAGGAAGGCAAUCCAUUAUUUAACCAACAUAAAAUGUAUCAUUAGGAAAUUCUUAACUAAAUUAAUAUUUUCAAACUUCGUAAUAAAAUUCCUAAUUUUAAUAAUAUAAUCAAAUAAAUUAAGUUUAAAUUCCAAUACAGCCAUUAUAACAAUCAUAAUUUUAGAAAUAACCAACUUUUUCCUAACCAUUCUCUCCAUACAUUUAGUAAAAUGAAUAAACAUCACCUUUAAAAUAACCAGCCAUGUCUUAAUUUAUUUAAUAAUAAUAAACAUUUACCCCUCCAUCAUUUAACUAAUAAUAAUCAAUGUAAAAUAUAUAUUAAAUUAGGUAUUAACCUUAUGUUAGAAAUGAUAGAUUUUCAUGA